GAAUAGAAUGGAAAAAGAUCCUCUAGUUCAGAGCCCUGGUGGGCAGAGACCUCUGGGAGUGCUAGCUCAUUGAAGGAGUGCGCAGGCGCAGGCUGCGUGGCUCGCCAUCAUCGCCUUUGUCUGGACCAGCUUCCUGUAUACCCCGGGGACCCGGAGUUUCUCUACCCCCCCAAACCUCUCUGAGUGCUGAGAGGCUUCAGUCUGGAUUGCAGCCUCCGCUUGGACUUUCAGAGAUAGCAUCUGACUCCUGAAUCGCUUUACUCAUUGCAAGUUAAAAGUCUACAGAUCAAACAAAAACCCUGCGUGUCUGAGAAGAAACAUCGAUCUGCAGAAGCAGCCUCUGGAGUUUAGACACAGGAUCAGGACACAGGAUGAAAGACAUGUGAAUUAAGUCUCAUCUUUCUGUAUAGAGAUAGACUAACAACAAAUUCAGAAAACCUAGAAAACAAAGUAUUUCCCCUGGGCACAGACAGUGGUUCUGCAAGACUUCCUCCUAUAUAUGGGAUUCAGUUGAAGAGAAUUUGAAUUGUGAUUUACCCACAUUCAUCAUUUAUGAUCAUGAGAGAAACUGUAAGGAAGAACCACUAAUGCAAAGACUGUUCUGUUAUUUCAAUCCCUUGUAACCACAUCUCACGUAAAAAGUCUCUCAGAUACCUGGCUUCACUAAUAUUGAAAAGAAAUUUUAUUUAGUGACUCUGGCAAAUCUUCCAUCCAACCUCAGUAGAUGGUAGGAAAGAAUCCUCGUGUGAAACAGGAUGUUGGAAAGCCCCCAGCCUGAGUCAGAUCUUCUGCAUGAUGAACCUGAUCUUGGAGAGAAAGUUUAUGAAUGUAAUGAAUGUAAGGAAACCUUCAGCCUGGAACAGAACUUUGUGGAACAUAAGAAAGCGCAUAGUGGAGAGAAGUCACGUGAGUGCACCGGAUGUGGUGAAGCGUUCUCACAGGCCUCCUCACUGACUCUACAUCUGAGAAGUCGUGCACGGAGGGAAUCAUACAAGUGUGCUGAGUGUGGGAGAACCUUCAGCCAGAGAGGAAACUUCCUUUCUCAUCAGAAACAACAUACUGAAGAGAGACCCAGUGAAUCUAAGAAAACUCCCAUUCCCGUGACAACCGUCAUUAGAAAUCAGAGAAACACGGGGAAUAAACCGUAUGCAUGUAAGGAGUGUGGGAAAUCCUUUAAUGGCAAAUCAUAUCUCAAAGAACAUGAGAAAAUUCACACCGGAGAGAAACCAUUCGAGUGUAAUCAGUGUGGAAGAGCCUUCAGCCAGAAGCAGUACCUCAUUAAACACCAGAAUAUCCACAGUGGGAAGAAACCUUUUAAAUGUAAUGAGUGUGGGAAGGCUUUUAGCCAGAAAGAAAACCUCAUUAUACACCAGAGAAUCCAUACUGGAGAGAAGCCUUAUGAAUGUAAAGGAUGUGGGAAAGCCUUCAUUCAGAAAUCAAGCCUCAUCAGACACCAGAGAAGUCAUACUGGAGAGAAACCGUAUACAUGUAAGGAGUGUGGAAAAGCCUUCAGCGGCAAAUCAAAUCUAACUGAGCACGAGAAAAUUCAUAUCGGAGAGAAACCCUAUAAGUGUAAUGAAUGCGGGACGAUUUUCAGGCAGAAACAGUACCUCAUCAAGCAUCACAAUAUCCACACGGGCGAAAAGCCCUAUGAGUGUAAUAAGUGUGGGAAAGCCUUUUCUCGAAUUACAUCCCUCAUUGUACACGUGAGAAUCCACACAGGUGAUAAACCCUAUGAGUGUAAAAUCUGUGGGAAAGCCUUCUGUCAGAGUUCGUCUCUUACGGUACACAUGAGGAGCCAUACGGGAGAGAAACCCUAUGGCUGCAAUGAAUGUGGGAAGGCCUUUUCUCAGUUCUCAACUCUGGCUUUACACAUGAGAAUCCAUACCGGUGAAAAGCCUUACCAGUGUACUGAGUGUGGGAAGGCUUUCAGUCAGAAGUCCCAUCACAUUAGACACCAGAGAAUCCACAUUCAUUAAAGCUCUAAGGCCUUAGAUGUGCGGACACUUGAACAGCGUGUAUGGCUAGUGAUGUGUCCAAGGAUUCGUCUUACACUAAUGUUACACAAAUGUACGAAAUGCUUCUGUAGUGACUCAAACCAGAAAAUGCAAAGGUAUUUAAUAGGAUAGAUCAUAGUAUUAUAUACUUCCCAGACUCUUACAAGAAAUAUUAUUAGUAUUCUAAUUUUAGGAGUCCAGUGAUUCCAAUCAGGAUGGUCUUCUAAAGCUUGUCAACUGUAUUAAGAUAAUAUGAGCAAUAUAAAGGUUUGAAAUUAAGAGGCAAAAAUAUUUUUGAUAUAUGCUUUGGUAUAUAGAGUAUUUGUACAAAUCCUGUUUCAGAGAAGGCAUUUUGGGACAGAUCUCCCUAUGUACAUAGCCCAGGGUGACCUUAAACUCCCUAUGUAGCCCAAGUUGGCCUCAUGUUUCUUCUGAUCCACUUACUCAGCCUCCCAGUGCUGCAGUUCCAGAUAUCACCAUGCCAACUCAAGGUCUUUGUUGAUAAAAUUGUCUAAUUUUGAGGUCAGAACAGAAUAUUGAAUCUAGAAACGUGAAUGAAUUCCCAGAGGACUGAUGCUUGUGGCAGUAUCCCGGGUCAAUGGGAAAAUCGUGGAUGACUGAAAAAAUAAUCUCAGGAUAAUCAUGUGGGAAAAUAAUAGGGUUGACGUCAUCGUUGAUUUAGGAAUUGCGGUGUCUGCAGAAAGCAAAGCUUUGUGUCAGAAUUUUCUAGGGUAGUUUCUGAGACCUUGAGGUAGGAAACAAAUUGUAGAUUCUGGUUUCCUCAGCUAUUAUUCUUGAGCAUUUAUACUUAUAUCGGCAUAUAAGGAGCCGAUAUGCUUACGUAGGGAGUCAUGUACCAGUUAAUCUGUUCAUCACAGCAUAAAUGACAGUAGCAAAAAAAGUGGGCGCAGAUGUGUGUUGCUUACAGUGUCGAUGAAUAAAAUGUAAUGGUCUUACAGUAGCAUUUGCUAGCAGCUAAAGCACAACAGACGAAUCUAUCUAACAGCAAAAGAAAAAAAUGAACCAGUGUGAAGAAAAUUGAAGUGGUAGAUCUGUUGCAGGUUCCUGCAUUAAUACAACCAACUUACCACUCUGGUACUGAGCAUAUGGGAGACUCUUCUCUAAGACUAGAAUUGGGAGGAUAUGUGUUCAGUUCCUAAAACGUGGCUGUUGCUGUUAGAGUAACAAUGGAGUUCUGUGGAAACAAAGUUGUUGUCACAAAGCAGGGUCAGGCUGCUUCGGCUUUAGAGUCUUUAUAGUUAAAUAUCUACUCCCCAAAUAAAUGUAACAGACUGAUAGUUGGUUCUACAUUGUAGCAGCAUGUAUUCUUCGUGAUCUUGCUUAGAUAGAUAUGGAUGAGAGGGACACGAGGUCCAUAUUACCACAACUGCCUGUGUGUCCAUCCCAAGGCCUCUCGUGGCUCUCUGAAGCCUUGUAUGGUAUUUACUCUGCAUCAGGUUUUCCCUUGUACAAACAUACCUAGGAUGAUAUUUGUAAGCAUCACAAGAGUCUUCAAGUAAAAGAAUUACAGCUUCACUUUUGCAUCAAUAUUCUUGGGCUUUGGAAUUGUUGUUAAGUAAAAUAAAUGUUGCUGGGUAGUUUCUGCCCAUUGAUUGGAUUCAGACUAAUAAAAUUUGGAAAAGUCCUGUCCUGA